AUAAGAUUGACUUGGAGUCAACUCUUUCACUGCCACUUUUCGUUUUAUGUUUAACUAAAUACUAUUAAAAACUCAUUUUUCUUCUUUCAACGAACAAGUGAGUUUCAAAGCUGAUUCAUUCAGCAAAGUAGAAGAGGAUAAUAGUUUUUUUUUUGUGCAAAGAGAGGAUAAUAGUUAUGGCUGAGGGAGUUGUGUCCUUUGGAUUGCAAAAACUUUGGGAGCUCCUGGGUCGAGAAUCUGAGCGUUUACUGGGAGUAAACGAGCAAGUAUCUGAACUAAAAGGUCAAAUAAGAAUGUUACAAUCAUUGAUGAAAGAUGCAUAUGCCAAGAAAUUUGAGAGUGAAAGAGUGAGAAACUUCUUGGAAGAUGUCCAAGACAUUGUUGAUGAUGCUGAUGAUAUAAUCGAAUCAUUUCUUCUGAAAGAAGUAAAAGAAAAAGGGAUCAAGAAGCGAGUGAAAAGACUUUCUUGCUUCUUAGUGUAUCGCUGGAAAUUUGCUACAGAUAUCGAAGGCAUAACUAGGAGGAUCUCUGAGGUGAUUAAGCAAAUGCAGAGUUUUGGUAUACAACAGAUUAUUGAUGGUGGUCGUUCGUUGUCGUUGCAAGAGAGACAAAGGCUGCAAAGGGAAAGUCGAGAAACAUUUCCUAACAGUUCGGAAAAGAAUCUUGUGGGCGUGGAACAGAGUGUUGAAGAAUUGGUUGGUCAUUUGGUGGAGAAUGAUAACAUCCAAAUGGUUUCCAUAUCCGGGAUGGGUGGUAUUGGAAAAACCACGCUAGCUAGACAAGUUUUUCAUCAUGACAUUGUCCGUCGUCAUUUUGAUGGAUUCGCAUGGGUAUGUGUCUCGCAAGAGUUCACGCGAAGUGAUGUUUGGCAAAGGAUCUUGCAAGAUCUUAGGCCACAUGAUGGAGACAUUAAACAGAUGGAUGAUCAUACACUCCAGAGGAAGCUCUUUCAAUUGUUGGAAACGUCUAGAUAUUUGAUUGUCCUCGAUGAUAUAUGGAAAAACGAAGAUUGGGACAGAAUAGAAGCUGUGUUUCCCCAAAAAAGAGGUUGGAAGAUGAUACUUACUUCUCGCAAUGAAGGUGUUGGUUUACAUGCAGAUCCAACAUGUUUUGCCUUUAGAUCAAGAAUUCUUACUCCCGAAGAAAGUUGGAAGCUAUGUGAGAGCAUAGUAUUCCCAAAGAAAGACGAAACUGAAUUAAGGGUUAAUGAAGAAUUAGAAGUCAUUGGUAAAAAAAUGCUCACACAUUGUGGAGGUCUACCAUUAGCCGUCAAAGUGCUGGGAGGCUUGUUAGCUAAGAAAUAUUCAGUUUCCGAGUGGAAAAGAGUAUAUGAGAAUAUUAGAACUCAGAUCAUAGGAAAAUCUUGUUUAGAUGAGAACAGUCUCAAUUCGGUGGUUUACCGAGUAUUGUCUCUGAGUUAUGAAGAUUUGCCAAUGGAGUUAAAGCAUUGCUUCCUUUACCUGGCCCAUUUUCCUGAAGAUUACAAGAUAGUGGUGGAGAGAUUGUUUCACUACUGGGCUUCAGAAGGAAUAAUAACGUCAUUUUGCAAUGGAGCAACCAUUCGAGAAAGUGGAGAAGACUUCCUAGGAGAGCUAGUAAGGAGAAAUUUGGUUAUUGUCGAAAGAAGUUAUGGCAAUCCAGCUUCAAGAAUGGAUUACUGUCAAAUGCAUGACAUUAUGAGAGAAGUAUGUUUAUCUAAAGCGAAAGAAGAGAACUUUCUUCAAGUCAUCAAAGUCCCUACUUCCACCUCUACUAUCAACGCUCACACUCCUAGUAGAUCUCGCAGACUCGUUAUGUAUAAUGGGAAUGCACUUCAUAUGCUGGGACAUAAAAGCAACAAAAAAGUCAGAUCUGUUUUGUGUUUUGGAGCCGAGGGAUACUUGUGGAAGCAGUCAGCUAAAUGUUUCCAAAGUUUACCAUUACUACCAUCUCUAACCCUAGUGCAAAUUUCACUGCAAAAUAGAGUUUGGAGCAAGAUUAUCUCCAACCCUACUUCAAAUCUCACUCCAAAAUGGAAUAAAAAAUGGAAGUUAUGAAAUUCACUGGCGAGACUACUUAUGAAAUUCUCUCGUCAUCUC